CGUGCUGUCAUGAACACCGGAAUCCUCUACUGCGUCACAGCCUACGUUGUCUGGGGCGUCUUGCCCAUCUACUGGAAGCAGCUCGAGGCCGUGCCCGCCGACCAGCUCGCGCUCCACCGCAUUGUCUGGUCGUUUGUGUUUCUCUUGAUCGUGCUCGCGAUCAAGGGCGAGUUCACCGCCUUGCGACAAGAGGCCCGCGGCUGGCGCGUCUUUGCCGUCUACACCAUCUCGAGUGUUGUCAUCCUCGCCAACUGGAUGACGUAUAUCUGGGCCGUCAACGCCGGCUACAUUGUGCAGACGAGCCUCGGCUACUUUAUCACGCCGCUCAUCAACGUCAUCAUCGGCGUCGUCGUCUUCAAGGAAAAGCUCCGGCUCUGGCAGUGGCUCGCGAUCGGCGCGGCCUUUGCCGGUGUCUUGGUCGUUGCGAUUGCGUACGGCAAGUUUCCGUGGGUCGCUCUCACCCUCGCGAUUUCCUUCUCGAUCUACGGCGUCGUCAAGAAACAAGCGCCACUCAACGCCCUCCACGGCAUGACGGUCGAGACGGGCAUCCUCUUUGUGCCCGCCGUCAUCUACCUCUCCGUCGUCCAAGCCAAAGGUGACGGCGCCUUCUUGCACGUCAGCACGACCGACAACAUCUUGAUCGUUGGCGCGGGGAUCGUGACCGUGGUGCCGCUCUUGAUGUACGCGUCGGCGGCGCAGAAGAUCCCGUUCAGCCUCCUCGGUAUGCUGCAGUACAUUGCGCCGAGCCUCAUGUUCAUCAUGGGCGUCGCCGUCUACAACGAGGCGUUCUCGCUCGUGAAGCUCAUUGGGUUCAUCCUCGUGUGGGUCGCGCUCGCCGUCUACUCGGUCGAGGGCUUUGUGUUUCAAAAACAACAGCAGCAACAAGUGGCCAAGCCGGCGGCUGUCGCGUCGCCACGGGGCGAUGAGGCCGCCUAUGAGCGUGUUUAACUUGCUUGCAUUGGAAAUGAAUAUAAAUAUUGUACAAUUG